GACACCACUCCGGAUCUCACUCAUUUGAAACGGCUCUUUGCUUCUGACGUUCCGAAACUGUACAAAAGACGCGCGUUGUCCCGGACAGAGACACCUUGGCCGAGGUGAUCCCACAGAAGGCCACAAGAGCGGACCCGUUGGCAUCAGCGCGGUGGUGGUGCGUGCAACACCGCUGCAUCGCGCAACCUUUGGCCUGCUCGAUCGAGCACACGACACACACACACACGCCCAACCCUCUCGGUGCAACCAACCAACGCCCAUUACUCUUGAGCGCGACUGGGGAGACUAGUGGUAACCAUCGGGGGCUGCUCCAGUAGCGACAAGGGCUCGGGCCCUGCCGGGACCAAGAUCCGGGCGAGAACAUCAACAGUGACUCCGUGCCAAGUGGCUCCCGAUCCCGGGAAAUUUGACACGGCGCUCAGUUUACCUCAAGACAAGGAAGGAGAACUCCGCGCAACCGUCGAGCCCCCACAACAAAGCGCAUCCGUGGGCGACGACCCUUUGAUUCAACAUCACCCACCAGCGGAAGCGGCAACGGCAGCGGUAAGAGCGGCGGAAGCGCAAGCGCUCAACGUCGAUUCUUCUCCCGAGCAAAUCAAGCUCAGCACAGCGAGUAGCGAAGAUCCCCGAUCUGCUACCGUUGUUCCGAAAGAGGAGGUAAAGGCGUCGAGCCAGCAACCGGACGGCAACAUGGAGAAGUCGGGUGACGGAGACAAGAAAGCAUCCGAGAACUCCAGCGACCAAGGGAGUUGGGCAAAUCUCGUAGGAGUGCAGCUAGGAGUGCCGGAUGACACGGAGGUCAUUGAUUGGGCCGCGGCCGUCGAUCAGUGUUCGGGAGACGUUUCUUUCCUUGAGGAGCUGCUUGUGGACCUGUGGAACGAGUCAAACGCGCAUAUGGAGCAACUGAGGGAAUUCAUCCCUCGCGGUGCAAUGCGUGACACACAACAUGAAGCUCAUUCGAUCAAGGGUGCGGCCGCCAAUCUUAUGUGCCAUCGCUUGCGCCUUUCCGCAUUAUACCUGGAGAGGGCAGGCCAAGUUGGCACCAGGCUACAGGAAGGUUCAAGCGACUUUAACUCUGUGAAAGAGGACCUCAAGAAGGGCCAGCAAGUACUCGAGAGGGAGCUCAGUUUAUUUCAAGACCUGCUCAAGCAAAAGAAACUAGUCUGACUAAGGGUGAGGGACGGGGAAACUCGCCCGAUCGUCGAGGCCGUGCUUAGCGUCGCGAUACGCAGCCGACAUACUUUGGCUACGGUGGUUGGUUGCGGCGUCGCGACGUGCGCGUGUGCUCUCUGUUCAAGUUAAGGUUGCGGGUCAUGAAACGGGCCUCAGGCUCGGAAAAGUCGUGCAAUUUUCCACGGAACGGUGAAAAAAAAACCCGACAUUUUUUCGCGUUUUUCUAUUCGUGAUGCCAUCGCAAAAAGUACUUUCCCUUCCCUGAAUACACGCUUUGCUCGGCACACAACAGGUUGACUUGGUGCUCACAAUAGAGCAGCGGUAAAAACGCAAUGAGCAGCACCCGACACGGAGGACAACACACUUAGAACCAUCCCAUCCACCCGGCAUGCCGAUUUCAGUUUUCAGCAACAACAGGCGCAGGGCAGAUUGUCGCAACCUGGGUGUUGCUU